AUGAAAUUAUGCAAAGAAAAACGUUCAGCAAGAGGUACAGGAGGUGGUCCAGGAUAUACUGCUGAUCUAAUGGAGUAUGAGAAGAAAGUUCUUAAUUUGAUGGGGCCUGAGGUUGUGGAGGGAAUUGAAGUGCAAGGAGACACAGACGAUUAUGCAGGAUCCCCACCUACACAAUCAGAUGCUCAUGCAUUAACAGAGAUUGCCGCUUGCAGCAGCGUCCUGCAAGAAGUUGAAGAGAAUCAUAAUGAACAGAAUAUUGAAGGAGAGGAAACUUUGCUCCUUUUUGAAGAUGAUUCAGAAAAUGUUGAAUACGUUCUGAAUUUACAACCAAUACAGGAGACAUCUCCUGUACAUUCCUCAAGUACAAAUGUAGAAGUACCAGAAGAAGAAAUUGGAGAUGUACACGAAGAUAUCCAACAAGAAGCACAAGCACCAACUGAAGAGGCAAUAUCAGUAAAUUUGGUUAACAUUCUGCAAUUAGCCACAAAUUUUCAGAAUGAACAAAGGGCUUUUUUUCAACAGAUGAGUGACCUGCAAAGUGAACGCUUGGAAAUUGACAGGCAGAGUUUACUUGCACGUCAAGAGACAAAUAGGUUGCUUGCAUUACUAGUGAAUAUUUUACAAACAAGAAUUGAGAAUCAUUGAUUUUUUUUCGGGUGGGUUUUCUUAAAAUGUUUUUUUUGUUUUUUAAACAGUUAAUGUAUAAAUUUUGGUUAUGAUUUAUAACAUAUCAUAUGUUAAAUUAAAAACUAUUAAUGCC